CCUGAAACCUCACUCGGGGCAUCCGGUGUUUACCGUCCAAUGGAGCCGUAACUGUCGUUAUCUCCUUACGAGCGGAGGGGACCAUCGAGCAAGGCUGUGGGACAUGAGGACGGGGAAGGAGCUUAUGGUGUAUUCUGGCGCGACGACGUCUACGGACUGCUCUUUCAUGACAGCCACGUUUGUUGGGAAUGAACAGUA